AUGAGUCCGUCUGCCCGCCUGCGGCUCCUCGCCGCCCACAACUGGUCGACGUUUCGCCGACAGCCCUGGAACGAGAUCUCGGGUUCGCUGGGUGACCUGGGCACGUUCCUCCCCAUCGUCAUUGCCUUGACCGAAGGCCGCCAGAUCGCCCUGACGACCACCCUCAUCUUUUCGGGCGUGUACAACAUCCUGACCGGUGCCUGCUUCGGGAUCCCGCUGCCGGUGCAGCCGAUGAAGGCGAUCGCCGCCGUCGCGAUCCUCAAGUCCCUGACCGCGGGCCAGACGGCAGCGGCCGGCAUCUUCGUCUCCAGCUGCAUCCUGCUCUUCAGCGUUACAGGUCUUCUGUCGUGGUUCACACGGGUGAUCCCCAUCCCCGUGGUCAAGGGAAUCCAGGUCGGGGCUGGGUUGAGCUUGAUCAUCGCAGCAGGCACCAAGGCACUCUCGUCCCUGUCGUGGACGACGCCGUCCUGGGCAGACAAUUAUCUAUGGAUGACACUGGCCUUCCUCGCUCUCUUCGCCAUCAAUCUGCGCCCACGGACGCCGUACGCCCUGAUCCUGUUCCUCGUCGGGGUGGCGUUUGCAAUGAUCCAAAUAACAGCCGACGACAGGCACCGCCUCCCAGGAUUCCACAUGUGGCGUCCAUACACCCAUGCACCGUCGGCAAGGGAGUGGAAGACUGGGAUCCUCGACGCGGGCAUCGGCCAACUACCGCUCACGACGCUCAACUCCAUCAUCGCCGUCACCCACCUCGCCACUGAUCUCCUCCCGGACGUUGAAACCCCUACGGUCACGGCCAUCGGCGUCAGUGUGGCCGGCAUGAAUCUCUUCGGAUGCUGGUUCGGGGCCAUGCCGGUGUGCCAUGGUUCGGGGGGGUUGGCGGCACAAUAUCGAUUUGGUGCUCGCUCAGGGGCCAGUAUCAUCUUUCUCGGCCUCCUGAAGCUGCUCCUGGGCAUCCUUUUCGGCGAGAGUCUUACAGAUGUUCUACAUCGAUUCCCUCUGGCAUUCCUGUCGGUCAUGAUCAUCGCGGCCGGACUGGAAUUGGCCAGUGUUGGGGAGAGUCUGAACACGCCCCGCGCGCGAGACCUAAGCAAGGAAGGGUCCGGAGCGAGACGCAUUGAUAUCACGGACGAAGAAAAGAAGCAGAGAUGGACUGUCAUGUUGGUGACGGCUGGCCUGCUUAUUGCGUUCAAAAACGACGCCAUCGGCUUCUCCGCCGGCAUGUGCUGCCAUUGGAGCUUUCAACUGUCCAGCUAUCUAACGCAACGAGCUGCAACAAAGAGAAGAAGAAGACACGUUGGAACGCCCGAUGAUGCAGAAGAGCGUGUGAGCCUCCUUUCAUGA